UGCGGUUCGCGCGUGCCUGCGAGGGACUUUCCUCUCCCUACCCCCACCCCGACCCCAGCCCUAGGCUCCGGGGCACCUUCUGCCUUUCGCCGUGGGCUCUUCGCCUGGUCCUGUACUUCCCGCCCUCCCACCUUCCUUUUGCCCCUCCACCCGACCUCCCCAGACCCCCCACCGCUGCUCUGGCGUACUGUUUCCGGGUGAGGGUGACCUCUAGGGUGAGAAAACUGCGACUGGGAGCGGGGACCCGGGCGUGCAGCCUUCGCCAUGCCCCGCUCACGCGUGGGAGACCGGCCUGCGGGGUACCGGCCCGGAAAGCACCCAGCCUCCAAAGCCGCCUUCCUCGGGGAAAUUUGCGCGACCUUACUGCCCUCGGGCUACAGGCCUCGUACCUCUCCAGGCCGAUUUUUCCGCUGUUUAAAUCCUUGUCCACCUGGCAUCCAGCUCCAGCAACUUAGAGCGUUUCACGUCACGCCGGGCGCAAGGCGUCGGCUUGUAUGAUCCGAAAACGCUCCUGUUUUUCUCAUCUGUGCAGUGGUUUCUUCAUUUAGAAAAUUUAAGAAGUUGGAUGACAUAUAUUCUCCAGCUAUUCCAAUGACUGGAAUCAUGAUUCUAAAUACUUAAUAAUUCUCCUCCUUUGACAAAGAAAAGUCAAGGAAAAGCUAAAACAUGAGAUUUCAUGAUCACAAACGUCAUUCCAGUUUUGAUUCUCAUCAUGGCCAUCACCCAGUUUCGGUUAUUUAAAGUUUGUACUUGCCUAGCAACAGUAUUCUCGUUCCUAAAGAGAUUAAUAUGCAGAUCUGGCAGAGGACGGAAAUUAAGUGGAGACCAAAUAACUUUGCCAACUACAGUUGAUUAUUCAUCAGUUCCUAAGCAGACAGAUGUUGAAGAGUGGACUUCGUGGGAUGAAGAUGCACCCACAAGUGUAAAGAUCGAAGGAGGAAAUGGGAAUGUGGCAACACAACAAAACACUUUGGAACAACUGGAACCUGACUAUUUUAAGGACAUGACACCAACUAUUAGGAAAACUCAGAAAAUUGUUAUUAAGAAGAGAGAACCACUGAAUUUUGGCGUUCCGGAUGGGAGCACAGGUUUUUCUAGUAGAUUAGCAGCUACGCAAGAUAUGCCUUUUAUUCAUCAGUCUUCUGAAUUAGGUGACUUAGAUACCUGGCAAGAAAAUACCAAUGCAUGGGAAGAAGAAGAAGAUGCAGCCUGGCAAGCAGAAGAAGUUCUGAGGCAGCAGAAAAUAGCAGACAGAGAAAAGAGAGCAGCAGAACAACAAAGGAAGAAAAUGGAAAAGGAAGCACAGCGGCUAAUGAAGAAGGAACAAAACAAAAUUGGUGUGAAACUUUCAUAACACAUGUUCUUCAGAUUUUAUCAUGCCAGUAGGAGAAAUCUCAGCUCCACAACCCAAGCAACAUUUGUAUGGAUUUAAGAGUAUUUUAAGAGUAUACACUGCUUGAUUUUAAUACAUUCAUCAGGCCAUCCAGGACACCAGGAUUCUCCCAAAUUACCUUGAACUCUUGGUGAUUGAGACUCAAAAAAAUGAAAGACUUAAGGCAAUAUUUUCUUCAACAUGCUCCAAAUAUAAGACAUUUGUUUGCUGUACAGAAAGUAUCAAAAAUGGAAUAUAUCAGUACCUCUCAAGCUAGUAUUUCUAGCUAAAUAAAUGGUGUAUAUAAUUUUAUGGUGGAAAAGAACUGUGCUAUCUGUUAUGAUUUCCUUCAGUAUGCAUAAUGAUAAAAUAAAUAAUUUUAAUAUUCUUUUGUUUCCAUGGUACCUGACCUAAAUUAGACAAAUUGUAGGGCUUUAACUUUAUUUUUUUGGUCAAAAUUGUUGUUGACAUAUAUUUCCUCUAAUUUGAACUGGUGUUGUUUACAUUUAUAUAACAUUAAGGGAUUCGUGAUUUCAUUUCAUGAAAAUGACAUUAAAUGCAAUAAUUUUAUUUAUCAUAAA